AUGAAGCUCACUCUACCGUUCAUCUCCUCCCUCAUCGGAUCCGCAAUGACCAAGAGCGACGUUAUCCUCAAGUUCAAGACCGGCUCGCCGGUCGCGGAGCGUACUGCCGCGCUCGACGCUAUCAAGGCGCAGGGCGGCGCAGUCAAGUCGACCGACAACCUCGAGUCGUCCAUCUUCCCCUUCGCCGUCGUCACCAUCGACGACGAGCAGUUCACGUCGCUCCAGGCCGCGUCGCUCGACGACAAGCACGACGUGAUUGAGAAUGUCGGUGGGUACAAGACACGAACGAGCAUGCAGCGGAAGCGGGAGGUUGGGAUGUAG